GUACUAAUAGGCUUUACGAGACUCAUUAUGACAAGAACAGUUAGUGGGCAAUCCUGCGCUGGCCCCGCCCACAUUCAACACGCUCUCCAAACAUCUUGUCAGUCGAGAGCCAGGGGGCAGAGCCUUGACGCCGGCUUCUCCCUCGUGAUUGACAGCUCGCCUGCCGCUCCACCCGAUAUGCAGCCAGCUUGGCCCGAGGUGGGAGGAUAGGGGGGUCGGGUGUGGGGAUGGAGUUGGAGGGAGGAGGGGAGAGGCAGAGACAAUAGCCAAUUUGUCGACAGCGCGGCGUUGAGCGAGAGUAGAGUCCCUCCAGUUGCCAGAGGGGGGGCGGAGCUCCCAGCGCCGAGACGAAGCAGAAAAUAUCUUGAGACCGAUGUGGUUACGUCAGAAGGGUAAUCGACCAUAAAUUGCGAGCAUCGCGUCUCGCGGGAUUAGCACUUAAUCACCGUCAGUUCACCCUCCAGUCUUCUUCCUCAGCCAGCUUUUGGUCAUUCCUGCACCGCCUGCCCGCUGCCUGGAUCGCCUUUUGCCGGGGCCUGUCCUCGUCCACCCGGAGUGGCCAGCAGGCCAGCCAGAAGGCCAGCCAGCCUCAACAACUGACCUGCAGCAGUAAAGUCAUCCUGUGAUGAUGGGGGGGAUGUUACAGGGGGGGAACUGGACCGUCGCCAACCUGCUCGUCGACGAACAACAACAUUCCGGAUGUAAUUGUUGGACAUCCUAAUAAGACGAUCGGAGCCGAGGUCUUCCAUUUUAUACCUUCUCGCGAGCGAUUUAGAGUGCAGCCAUGACUUGCCCGGAGCAAAGGAUAACCUCAGAUGAAAAUAUCAACAGGGAUUUGUUUUCUAACCCCGCCGCUGGUUUGUGAGUUUAUUAACAAAAUUCAAAGCCUCUGCAAAACUGUGUUUUAAUCAACAAACUUCCUUCGUUCCAUUUGUCUUCAUUUCUGGAUUACCAGUGAAAUGGCAAACAGAUUUAUUUAAAAAUUAUUUUUCCGAAAAAAAAAAUUAUGUCCGCAAUGUCUGAAGAAUAUUAAGCGUAAUGACUCAAAAAAAGGGGACACAUCGUGAGGUGUACUGGUAAACAAGAAUGGCGACAAAACUGUUGAUGGAUGCAGAUUGGAACGAUUAGAUAACAGUAAGGUACUCGCUCCUUUGUACAGUUCUUGCUGUACAGUCUUCUCUGUACAGUGUCUUCCGAAAGUCCGUCGGUGUCCGGUCCAAAAAUGAUGAACGGACUGUUGAGCACAGCGGCCGCUGGCCAGAUGUCACCGUUCCCCAACCACCACUACAGCCCCGGGAACCAUCAUCACCACCAUCACCACCACCACUUCAGCCAGAUGUACUCUCAGCAACGCUCAUCCUUCGCCAUCCAGGAACUUCUGGGGCUGAACUCGUGUCGCCAAAGUGGGGCCAGCCCCGACAUCAUGGACUCCAACCCUGUGGUGCCUCCACCGCCAUCGUCGUCGCUGUCCGGGAUGUACCACCUGUCCGGCCUAACCGGCUCCGGCAACACGGCCAUGUCCUCCCACCACCGCGUUGCCAUGGACAACCAGACGACCUCGUUCCUUCGCGAACAGUCCAACGGUGCCACGGGUGGUUCGACCUUUUGUCCGUGGAGGUUCGACCUGGCCUCGCAGGCCUCGGUGUCGCAGACCAUGGCGCCGUCAGGCCCUCGUUUUCCUGCAGUUAAUCGCCAUGGCGACGAUCUGAACUUCGGCUACAAGCACAACAUUGCAGACGAAGUUCCCACGCAGCCCUGCCUUCACGCUGACAAGAUUAACGAGACAGCUGGUUCCGGUCGCAAGCAGAAAAAACGGCGCCGACACAGGACCAUCUUCACGAGUUACCAACUGGAGGAGCUGGAGAAAGCCUUUAAGGAUGCCCACUACCCAGACUUGUAUGCGCGGGAGCUGCUGGCCCUCAAGAUCGACCUGCCGGAGGACAGAAUACAGGUGUGGUUCCAGAACCGUCGGGCGAAGUGGCGCAAGACGGAGAAGACGUGGGGCAAGAGUAGCAUCAUGGCGGAGUACGGACUUUACGGAGCCAUGGUGCGGCACGCACUGCCACUUCCGGAAUCCAUUCUGAAGAGUGCCGAGCAUGGGAUUGAGAACUCUGCAGCACCAUGGCUGCUAGGUAUGCACAAAAAGUCCAUCGAGGCCUCCAAAAAGAUGAGCGAGGAGGAAGGGUCUUUGAGCGAGAGUGGCGACGCCAAGCUGCCGAGGGGCCGCGAGGAGUUCAAAUCCGAGAGCAUCGCAGCGCUGCGGGCCAAGGCGCAGGAACACAGCGCCCGUGUCUUGCAGGCCCUCAACAAGGACUCGGGGCGAGAGGCGGGAGACAGAGACGCGUCCUCUGACCUCGACAUGACGUCAGCUUUGGAAGGCCCUCGACUUCACCUCCAAGGACGCGGUCACCAGUGACUGGAAACUUGACGGACCCCGGAGAUUUCUCCUUCCCCUCCCACCUGUCCUUGCAAAGUCAGAGGCUGGAUUUAGUCCAGCGGUCGAUGACCCCCCCCCUUUUUUUUUUUUUUUUUUUUUUGCACUGACUUGUUCUACGCAUGCGCAAGUAACCAGAUUAACAAAUCUUACCUUCGAUCAGUCUGUCUUGUCCAAAAAAAUAAAAUACUACUCCAAGACCCUAAUCCUAGCCCGGAGCCUCAACUUAACUGAAACACCAAAGCUAUUUUAAUCAUAGAUAAUUAUAAUAAUAUUAUUUUAAACUAACACACACACACACCAAACACCACACACCACACAAGCUGUCUAGAACAGUAAAAUACAAAGCGUGAAUUACCAGAAGGGAGAGAUCCAUCCCUACCAACCCCCCACAAAAAAAAACCUACGACGUUCGCUCUGAAGACCUUUACCACCCACAGCUACAGCAACUUCGACAAGACCUUGCCACCAGGUUAUCUAUUUGAAGUACUGUCUUUUCGCGGUAUACAAUAAAGGGGAUAAAUCAGAAAACGAUACAUGAAUGCUAAGCAAAAAUCAGUGCAAAAAAAGAAAAAAACAUCGCGAUUGGCCUCGCUUUGCAUGGACCUGCUGGACGUGGCUGAGUGAUGCAGCCUGGGAUGUGGCUUCCAUGAUGGUGCCAGCGAUUUUCCUGGUCUUGCGCCUCCCUUUCUUGCUCCCACCUACUAACACAAGCACUCGGGCUCCUAGAAGCAGCGAAGAGUAUUUCGUUUUGAAGGGAAGAAAGACGAAGUAAGGUUGUGCGACAUGGAAAUGCAGUGGACAUACCUCACACAGAUCAUUCUUCAAGGUAAAGGACAUCGUCUCCGACAUGGUUAAGCAUGUCACGUCUUGCUGCCUCGUCUGUUCUCAUCGCCGAGCCUUUCCUGAAGUUUUUGUUCACUUCAAGCUGUGUUACAUCCAGCUCCCGUUGGGCAAGUCCAUUUGAAAUCCCAGACCCCUUUCAAUUGUCCUUCAGUCGAGUUACCUCAGCAGUCCCUAUCAGGAACCUGAGGUAGGGCUCCCUGUGUCACGUGUGACUAAGGACAAGGGAC